UUCAAUAGGGAAGCUGAUGGCUCUCUUAAACCUUUACCUGCAAGGCAUGUUGAUACAGGCUUGGGUUUUGAACGAUUGACCUCUAUACUGCAGAACAAAAUGAGCAAUUAUGACACUGAUGUCUUCUUGCCUAUCUUUGAUGCUAUUCAGCUGGCAACAGGUGCUCGGCCAUAUUCUGGGAAAGUCGGACCAGAUGAUGUAGAUAAAGUUGACAUGGCAUACAGGGUUGUUGCAGAUCACAUCAGAACUCUGUCAUUUGCAAUUGCUGAUGGGUCUCGUCCUGGUAAUGAGGGCCGUGAGUAUGUUCUGAGGCGUAUACUCCGUCGAGCUGUUCGUUAUGGACGUGAAGUGCUAAAAGCUAAAGAGGGUUUUUUCAAUGGGCUUGUAAGUGUUGUGGUGAAUGUGAUGGGUGAUGUUUUCACCGAGCUAAAACAACAGGAAGUCCACAUUAGGAACAUAAUUGAAGAGGAGGAGGAAAGUUUUGGUAGAACCUUAAUUAAGGGGAUUGAGAAAUUUGAGACAGCUGUUCGACAUGUUCAGGGAAAGAUACUUAGUGGGGAGGCAACAUUUGUCUUGUGGGAUACAUAUGGAUUCCCAUUAGAUCUCACUCAGCUGAUGGCUGAAGAAAAGGGAUUACUUGUCGAUGUCAAUGGUUUUAAUAGUGCAAUGGAAGCUGCUAGAGAGAGAUCCAGAAAUGCUCAAACAAGGCAAGUUGGUGGUGACAUUGUCAUGGAUGCUGAUGCUACCUCAGCCUUGCACAAUAGGGGCAUUGCUCCAACAGAUGACAGCUUCAAGUACGUUUGGCUCAAGGACCAUGAGAGUGUGGUAAAAGCAAUAUACACUGGUUCCGAGUUUGUGGAUUGUGUUAAUACCGAUGGGGAUGUUGGUGUAAUUCUGGAAUCUACAAGCUUCUAUGCUGAGCAAGGUGGUCAGAUUUUCGAUAGUGGAUCACUUGAGGGGCCACAUACUUCGUUUCAAGUUCGUAAUGUUCAAGUUUAUGGAGGUUUUGUUCUUCACAUUGGUUCUAAUGGGACUGGUAUCGCUGUUGGUGACAAAGUAGUAUGUAAGGUUGAUUAUGGAAGGCGUACCCUUAUAGCCCCUAACCAUACCUGCACACACAUGUUAAAUUUUGCUCUCAGGGAAGUUCUUGGCAAUCAUGUUGACCAGAAAGGAUCUAUUGUUCUUCCUGAAAAAUUAAGAUUUGAUUUUUCUCACGGCAAGCCUGUUGAUGCUGAUAAUUUGAGGAGAAUUGAGUCAAUUGUUAAUGAGCAAAUCAAAGCUGAAUUGGAUGUGAGUGCAAAGGAGGCAACUCUUGCUGAAGCCAAGCGUAUCAAUGGUUUGCGAGCUGUUUUUGGAGAAGUUUAUCCUGAUCCAGUUAGAGUUGUGUCGAUUGGACAAAAAGUUGAGGAUCUCCUUGCUGACCCCGAGAAUGAAAAAUGGUUAUCUAUUUCAUCAGAAUUAUGUGGUGGUACCCAUAUUUCAAAUACCCGAGAGGCUAAAGCUUUUGCACUUUUGUCUGAGGAAGGAAUUGCAAAAGGAAUUCGCAGGAUAACAGCUGUCACUACUGAACGUGCUUGUGAUGCGAUGAAAGUGGCAGAUGAAUUUGAGCAGCAAGUAGAUGAUGCGGCUAAGUUAGAAGGAAAUUUGCUGGAAGAGAAAGUUUCAUCUCUGAAAAGCAAUGUGGAAACGUUAUCAAUUCCUGCAGCCAAGAAAGCUGACAUCAAGACCAGGAUAGUCCGGCUUCAGGAUCAAGUGAGAAAAGCACAAAAGCAGGUUGCUGAAGAAAACAAACGUAAAGCUAUAAUGAUCACAGCUGAGAAGGCUGAAUUAGCUGCUUCAGAUGGGAAAACUUUUUGCAUAUCUCAAGUUGACGUUGGUCUGGAUGUAGCUGCAGUUCGUGAAGCAGUUACAAAAGUCAUGGACCAGAAGGGGUUGUCUGUGAUGGUUUUUAGCACCGAUGAAUCUACAAACAAGGCUGUAGUUUGUGCUGGGGUGCCAGAGAAAGGAGAUAAAGGUAAACUGGAUGUAUCAGAGUGGUUGAGUAAUGCUUUGGGGCCUCUAAAAGGGAGAUGUGGCAAAGGAAAAGGUGGUCUUGCAACAGGGCAGGGUACAGAUGCUUCACAUGUGAAUGAGGCUAUGGAUCUUGCAGCAAAAUUUGCAUCAAUGAAAUUGAUUUAAGAGUGUAUUGCAGUAUUUCCUUCCUGGGGUGAAGGCAUGAUACAAUGGUUUUCUUUCGUCUGAUAUAACCAUACAGAAAGGGAAGGGCAAUUUGAAGUGACUGUUAAAUCUGGAUGAGUUGAAUAGACUUCUAAUUUAUAGUGUCUUGAGUAUUCUUUUGGUUGAUACAAACGGGUGCCUAGAUGGCGAGGAAACAUUUAGUUUUGUAUAUAAAAGAUCGCAAAUUGUUCCACAAUACAAUUACAAUUACAAUUACAAUUACAAUUACUUUGAUUUAAG